ACAGUUGAACAGCAUCGCUAUCGUUUGCGACUUGAAAGUGACGAGAUGACGAGAAGAGUAGCAUUGCCAAUUCGGAGAAUAGUGACCGAUUCAUUGGUAUGUUUUUACUUUCAAUUGAAUCUUCCUCAAAAAUAUGCGACAUGCUACGCAACUCAAACUGCGCCACCAAAUUGAAAAUAAUGAUAACUUGUGUUAUUGAUUUGUUUGUUUGAAGUAGGUCUCGUACGCUUUGCUUUGCGUAGGCUACUCUCUGGAAAUCGUUAGCUGGUGUGAUAGUGGGGCCGGCUUUGGCCGCGAGAUAGCGCGCAGUUUUCCCAAUCGAGAUGCCCCCCUCCACACACAGCACCCAUCACGCCUUGCCAUAUAACCGGAGCAAAUUCAAGAAUCGCGCCAGUUGAAGUCAACAUGGCGUUCAUGGUACCCGUUGUGAAAAAUGAUUACGAUAUCUACAAACAGCGGCGCAUAUCGGAGUGUUCAAAUUCUCAGACAUGCCGCAGUCGAAAAGUGUCCGAAUGUUCAAAAUCGGAAGGCCCCAGCCUGAGUACAUCUCCAGGAAGUGAUUUUUUGGUUGGCUCACCGGCCCACCGCUUGGGAAUGUUGUCGGGCUCCCGACAAUACAGCAGGAAUUCCUCGAGGACUUCUCAGUCGAGCCUGCAAAGUCCGAGCAAAUCGAGUUCCUCGUCACCUCCCAAGUCCGGAUCCACCAACUCGUUGAAUAAGUUCCACAAUCGGUUGGUCGACAAGUUGAAGAGGUCGCUGAAAUCCAAGGAUUCUUCAGGUGAUGCGGGCCCUUGUGGGAAACCAACCAAGUUGACGCCGAAAAAACCAUCCUUCCAACAGCACCGUCUGUACAGCAUCCGCGAAAGCUAGGACCAGCACUGAUGUGUGGCUGUGAAACAUGGACCAUGUGUGUGUGUGCUAGUGUUUGAGUUGAGUGUUGCACUUGACAGGUGUGUGGCUUGUCUGUGUGUUGCAGGAAGUGGAUGCUCUUGAGUGAAGACGGUGGCUGCCUCCACGCCUGUGGCAGUGCCCCAAUCAGGCAUUGACACGCAGCGGGCAGCCUCUUCCUAUCCGGGCACCACUGUGUCCACACAGUCCUGCUGGCCCAAAUGGUGGCCCACCUCCUCAUAACAAGGCAAACAUCUGUUCCUCCUCAUUUCUGUUUCAAAACAUGACAUCAAAUUAUUCUUCAGAACUGUUGGGGGCAUCUGUAACCUGUUUCCAUUCCAGCAUAACAUAACUUGCAAAGUGACUGUUCCAGCAUUAUAUCAUCUACAACUUUGCUGCUCCUGCAUAAUAUCAACUAGAACGUUACUGUUCCAGCAUGAUAUCAUCUUGAACGUUGCUCCAGCAUAAUGUCAUUCAGUUCCAGAGCAUUGAUGUUCCAGCAAAACAAUAUGACCUGGACAGUUCUGUUUUUAGCCCAGAUAGCUGCUGCUACAGUGUAACAUGACCUGCUAAUCCAGCAUUCAUAGCCCAGUUUGUUUUGAAAGAUGGUGAAACUCAAGAUAUCUCCAAAUCGACUUGGGGUUUUCUGCUUAGUAUCCAGGCUGCUGUGAAAAUGGACCUAAAACUAAAUUUUUUCUCAUGUAUAUAUUUUCUGAAACUAUAAGUUUGAAAUCCUUUAACAUCAAUGUUUGACACAGGGUCUCUUCCAAUUUGUUUUUUAUCAACAUCAGUUUAUCCCAGAGAAUCACAUUCAGGAUAUAUCUACAGUGUGAAACACUGAUAUGCAUGGAAUUAGAUGUAUUGUUUUUUUUUAGAAAUUGAGUAUGUUUCUACAAAUUUUCCUUGUAUCUUGUCACAUUCUAAAUGUGUUAAAAUUAUUAACUUCUAACUAAAUUUGACAGUUUUCUUAGUUUGCAAACAUAUUUAUUAUUAAAUCUUGAAUUUCAAGCCUUUUCUAAAGGCAUUGGCUUUCUGUGAUUUAUUUGGCUGCUCUCAAAACUAAGUGAAAAGACAACUAUAAUUAAUUUUCUAUAAUGAGAAAAUAAGGUGGAUGAUGCGCUCAUAUUUAUAGGCUAUAAUUAAAUAGUUCCAAUAAUUAUUACAUGUAAUUUGAGUAUGUUGUUGAAAAUAUUGUAUUGAUAAUUAUUAAGAUAAGAUAAAAAUAUAUGUGUGUUGCUUUGUAUAAGGUGAAGUGAGCUUUCAGUGGUUCAUUUCAAUAUUGUAGGUGCUGAAUUUUCAAUGUAGAAAUUUUGUUGAAAUCUGUCAUUUCAUUCAAAAACUCUUCGAAAAUUUCAAUACGUAAUACUUUUACAAAUUGUGAAUUAGAGAAUUGAGAUUUUGAAAAUAUUAUGAGAUAAGUCUAAGAAAAAUUUAGUAGAAAAAACGAAUAUUCUAACAAUGAAGUGCGAGAUUAAUAAAUGUAUUAUAGAUAAUUUUUCUUAGGACAUUCUGAGUCCAUAUUGUUCGAAUGUAUACUGAGAACUUUAGGAGUAAUUUUGUGGCAGAUGCAUGUGAGAGAAAUAAUUAUUAUGAAGAUGAAAGAUAGUUUUGGAUGAGAAAAUAGAAGGAGAAAGCAUCUUACUUCUGCAAAACACACCGAAUAAACCGAAUCCAAACUAAAGCAGUAACAAUAAUUCUACUGAAUCUUUUGUUUUUAGCAAUUCAUCAGUCUACUAGAGUAUUUUUCUAGCUUGAAAAAAGGCGGAAUGGAACAAACUUUCCAAAUGGAUCAAAGAAUCCCUUUAAAUUAUUAUACAGUUAAUUGAUCAAAAUAUUUACUUAAAAUCUCAUCUUUUGUCAAUUUAUUAGGUUGCAAUAAUUCUUACCCAUCAAAAUGGAAUCUUCUUUUCAAUGAAGAACUACAGCUCCAUUUGUGUGCCUUUUGAGAUAACUUAUUUUUCAAAAAAAGUCUUCAUUUUGAUAGGUUUCAAAUAAUUCCAGUUACAGAAUUUAAAUUAAUUUAUUCAUCCAAUUAUACAUUUUCAAUAAAUAAAUAAAGACUGAUGAAAUGUGUUCCAAUUUGAUCUGGCAAAAUGUAUUGUUAUUUGGACAAUAACAACCUUCUCAAUGACAAUUUAUAUAGAAAAGAAAAUAAUUGAAUCCACUCAAUCUUUCAACAAACCGAAAUUUAAAUUAUUCCCUACAUAGAUUUCACGCAUCCUUGUAGAUGUUUGGUUUGGAAUAUUAUUGUAAAAAAGUUCUCUGUCCAUAAAUACUGAAACUUUUGUUAGAUAAUGUACUAUUUUACAAAAUAACUCUAUACUAUUUGUGUACCUCUCUGUACUGUGGAAUUCAAUGGAAGUCACAUAAAUUCUUAGAAUGAAACUUUGCAAUAGAUUAGUUUACCAUUACAAUUAUUUCAGUACCUUUAUGUUCUAGAAAAUUCUAGAGCAUUCUUGAAACUGUGGUGAGAUGUGAUAUUACCAAGUGUAUGAUAAGUGAUCAAAAUAUAUUUUUGAUUAAAUGUAUUUUUGAUCUACAUUAUAAUGGAAACAUUGGUGAUAUAUUUGAUUCAAUAUACAGAUACGCUUGUUUAUGAAUUAUUACUGUUAGUCCUAAGUUAUUAGAAAGAAAUCAUAUCAAUUAUUUUGUCAUGGAAAUCGAAAAAUAAUUCUCAAUAUUUUACCCCAUAAGAUUCAUUAAUGUUCACUGUAAGUUCAAUCCUAGUUGAAAUAUCACGAUCAAGUCAUUGUGGUAUCAAUACUUCAUGUUUUAUACAGUUAAAUUUAGUGACUUCUCACCGGAAAAUAGCAAAUUAUGAUUAUAAAUUAUUGUCAUUCUAUAAAGUUCUCAAUAAAUCAGUACAGUAUUUUAAUAUUUCUCAUAGAGAAACUUGAACCUUACUGCCGUGUUUGGAACAAGACCAAUUUUUGAAGGGUCAUUUUUUCAAAAUAGGAUACCGGUUGAGAAAACUAACGAAAAAAUAGUACCUCAUAAAUUGCCAAAUAACUUUUCAUUUGCAAUAACUCAUUAAUAUUCACAAGGUGAUUAUCAAAAGAGUGGAUUAUAUAUAAAAUUCAAUAUGUAUCUUCAAUUUAAAAAGUAAUUAUUCGUAAAAAUUAAAAACUAUAAUUCAGAAACCUUAAACAUUUAAACUUGAACAUUCAGGAGCCUUAUUCGGUUUUGCAGUGUGCUAUUCAGUAACGUUCUCCAAAAAAAAAAAAAAUUUGUGAAUAUUUGUGUCAGUGUCUCAAUCUUUUUGCUGUGUUGUAGACUCAGCUAUAAGAUCAUAAUAUUUUCUUUCGAGAGAAACCUAUUUUGUAAUUUACAAAACUCAGUAUUAAUUCUGGAGAAUUCCGAGUCAUUCCCUCGCUAAUGUCAUGUUAGAUAAUAAGCCAUUUUUAGUGAAAUUGUUGUGUGCCUGAUAAAUUAUUGAUAGGACUGGGAUUAACCUUGAUUUAACCUGCUUGUAACCCUUAUUUAGUUUGUAUACGUUUAUUGUUAUUUGAUUGUAGGGCAGAGACAGAGCACUAACAGUGUUCUGUAUGUUAUGACUGAGGUUUUCUAUUAUGACUGAAUAGUGCUUUAGAUAGUUGUAUUUAGUGUUAAUUUUGCUUCCUCUAUUAAUUUACAUAACUGAAGAUGACAGAUGAUAUAUUUCAAGAAUUUCUACAAGUUACUUGAUAUUUUUUUGUAUUCAUUCACAAAUUUUUUUUUGUUGAAAUUAACAGAUUAUUCGUAGGAUUAUGAUGAAAACGUUUAAACGGGCUGUUAUGUGUAAUCGUGUGAUUAAAGUUUCUAUGUAAUUGUAAUGAAAUAUAUUUAAAAUAAUUGGUUCUAUAGAAUAAUUCAAAAUUGGGAAAAGUAUUUCUAUUUAUAUAAAAUCAUUCUUAUAAGCUACUAACGUACACAAAAUUAUUCAACCAGGAAAUGUGUUGCUUAAUAAUCAUUCAAUUGCUCCAAAAAUUAAAUAAUGAUAUAAGAAAUUUGAUCUCCAUUACAGCGUAUAAAAAUAUAAAUUUCAAUGCACUGAUAAAAUUAAAUACAGGAACGAAUAAUAAAUUAUCCUAUUUUUUGAUCCAUCAAGUAUUAAAAAUAUAUAAAAAAACUCAGGAAAACUUAACUUAUAUCGCAAAAAAGUAGCUGAUUUGAUCACUGCUUGAAUAUUUCCAAAGAGAACUUUGUCAUUUUAAAAUGUAGAAGAUUAACCUGAAUCGAGUCAUUAGAAAAUUAAUAUUUAUAUUACAAUGAAAUGCAAAAUUUGUCAAACAUAUAUUCAAUCCUAUAAUAAUGUUGGUUGGUCCAUUUCAAUUUAAAAGUUGAGUUGUACGAAUUGAAAUGAAGUGAAUAGUCAUUAACUAAUUUUAAGAAAUAAUUUCCAAGAAUGUUAACUUGUUUUAAAUGCAGAAAAAUAAUCUAUUCAUGAACAGUAUUUUUAUCGUAAGUAGUGUAUUUUUAAAAAUUGUGUACUGUAAUUCAAUGUAUAACAAAAUUGAUAAAAAAAUCUACUUAGAAUUCCAGUGAAGCAUGUCAGAAAAUUACUGUCGCAAACUUUUAUCAGAACAAAAAUAUUGUUAUAAAUCAUCAAAUAAUAGGAAUUUCUACUUUCAAGGUAUCAGUUGCUGAGGGCAUUGACUUGAAAUCUACUCAUUUCCGUAAAAAUGUUUACUACUUUUCAAUGACAGCUAGCUAUUUCUAAGGUGAUUUUAUUAAGAUUCCAAUAUCAAAAUUCCAUUGUUUCUUCAUCGAUUUCCUGUUUUGAAAGUAUCAUUUUACUACAGACAGCCGUUUUAUUAUUCAUUUUAAUUUUCCCAAGUUGUACUUCCAGAAGCAUAUAAAAGUUCACUUUCAAACUAAAAAAGUAUAAAAUGUCUAUUCUAUGUUUGUAAUUCAUUGUCACAACUAGGUGUUCACAUUUAACGUGUGAAAUUUUGGGAAUCGUCUUUGAAACAUUUAUACAACUAUUCUGUCGUCAAAGUUAUUGUAAAUAGAAAUUGUUUAUACAUAAUGUAUAAUACAUGUACAUAAUUAUAUCUGUACCUAAAAGAGGGUAGUUUAUUAUACUUUUAUAAUGAAGAUACGAAAUAUUGUCGGAUGAUUUAGUAAAAUUGUAGAUCAUUUUUACAGAUAAAUUUCAAAUUUUCAUUCUAUUGAAAAUGCCUAAAUUAUUAUUUGUUGGAACAACGCAAUAAUUUUAUUUCAAUAUUUGUAAGUUAUUUUUAUUUAUUAAAUAAACGCUGUUGAUUAAUUGGCA